AUGCGUCCUGCAACCUUGUACAAAGGGUAUCAAGCAAAGCUUGUUGCUCGUGAGACUGCACGCCAGCGCAUGUUGGUGACCGCAUGGGAAAUCGAGGAAACCGAGCGCUUCCUUGAGUUCCUGGAUGUUCUGCAUGUCGACAACGAAGAACGGCUCGGAUUCGCUCAAGAAGACUUAAACAUCUUUAGGAAGCUAUUUUCUGAGCGUGACCGUUCUGAUGUCAAUGACGACAGAGAUUACCUUCAAGCUGUCUACGAGGAUGAAAUGGAGAUUCUUCGCGUUGUCUCGCUACAAGCUGAGCAGUUCUCAAAGAUCUUAGGUGCACGUGUCAAGAAGGAUUUCUUGCAACCUGGAGCCAAAGGAUCGGGAUCACCAUCGCCUGAGCCUGGGGUUUCGAUUAGAGAUAAUCUGGUAUCCGCAGAUCAGGAAGAUAACUCACAGGUUUCGGUCAAUUCGGCAGCACAGUCCGCACACCCUUCCCUCGCUUCUCGUAGAAUUCAAAUUGGACUGCUCUCUGCGCCCAUGCAUCCUCAACUCCCUCUACUUUAUGGCCAGCAAACGUGCACCGCCCCGCAAAGGACUCCGCGCACCAUCAGCACACGUCCGCUCCCCACCAGCCAUGAAGACUUCGCCCAGCAUCAGCAAGAAGAUCUCGCACAUCAUCAUCAGGAUUUCGCCCAGCAUCAGCAUCAGUCCGCUCCCUACCAGCGCGAGCCAGCUUACCAGCAUGAAGAUCUCGCGCACUAUCAGCAUCAGGACUUUGCGCCUCCUCAGCAGGACUUUGCGCCUCCUCAGCAGGACUUUGCGCCUCCUCAGCAGGACUUUGCGCCUCCUCAGCAGGACUUUGCGCCUCCUCAGCAGGACUUUGCGCCUCCUCAGCAGGACUUUGCGUAUCCUCAGCAGGACUUCGCGUAUCCUCAGCAGGACUUCGCGUAUCCUCAGCAGGACUUCGCGUAUCCUCAGCAGGACUUCACGUAUCCUCAGCAGGACUUCGCGUCUGGCGCUGGAUCCUCGACCGGAUAUGUUGCUCCGUCAUUAGCGCCCAGUUGGGUCGGCGAUGAUGAGGAAUUUCAGACUCAUUCAGUCCUGCCACCGGAUCUCCACCACUUACGGCCAAUGUCGACGGGAGAGAUCCCCAACUCCCAUGUGAUACAUACUACAGGGCCUGCAAGGACAUCGAAAGCACGUCGUUGUGCAACUCGAUGUCUGCCCCCCACACCACGCCUUGUCAUUCCUGUUGUGACGCCCACAACGAUGACGGGGACUGUUGCACCUCCGGAAUCCAUCGAAGGUUCCGCCGUUGACAUUAGUCCCGAGACGUGCAAACAAGCGAUCUCGGCCUCAAGGGAACGCGUAUUAUCCAUCGUCUUUUCCGACGACGCACUGGUAUCUCUCGCGGCUGACAAAAAGCGCAUCGUCAAAAAGGUCAUUUCCGAAGUAAGAUCUAGAAUACCAGCCCUUCUCGUUGCAACACAAUGGACGGCUAACGAAAAGGACGUCGCGAACGUUUGGUGCGCAGUGACGAAAUUUCGCACUGCAUUCGCAACGAUCAUCCGACAAGCUGUCGUGAUGGGAUAUUCCCUCUUCCCACCACAGGGCUGUACUAUCCCCCCAGAUACUUUUCGUGUCGAUCGGAUACGCUGCCUCGUCGUAGAUAACGACUUAGCGUUCAUGCAUCAAUACACUUUUGCAAACAUUUUUUUAAUCUAUUUCGACAGGACAGCCGGCGCCAUUACAGAGUCUGCAUUGAUGGAGCAGGGCUUGAUACAACUUACAAAGGGUAGGAUUACCCCCCAGAUGACGCAUUCGACAUUCACAAAGAUUGUUCUGGGCCUGGAUCAGCUAAGUGACGCUGAAAAGGUUAUUUUAGACGACUUCACAGACAGCAUCGUCGUUUGCGGGCGCUCGCAACAGCAAGCCAACGACGAACUAUCUGAUUUUGAUUUUGAAUAG